ACCAAACAAAAUCCAUAAAAAACCAUCUUUAUUUAGAGAGAGAAACAAAAAGAGGGUUUUCAGUUAUUCUGUGUAAUCUUAGAGAGAGAAAAAAGACCUGUUUUUUUAACCCCCAUUUCAUAAUCUUCUUCUUGUUUGAGUUUCGGCGGAUUGUUAAGCAGCAGCCAAGAGGAGAGAGAAAGAGGAAAAACCCAGAAGUUUAGAGUACCCAGAAAUAGUUCAGAUCCAUUGAACUAAACCCAGAAAAGAUGGGUGUUGGAAGAGGAGGGAAUAAUAAUGUGAAUCAGGUGGUUCCAACUUCAUCAAAGAAGAUGAUACAGAGUUUAAAAGAGAUUGUGAACUGCCCUGAAGCUGAGAUCUAUGCUAUGCUUAAAGAAUGUAACAUGGACCCUAAUGAAGCCGUUAAUCGCCUCCUUUCUCAAGAUCCAUUUCAUGAGGUGAAAAGUAAACGUGAAAAGAAAAAAGAGACUAAAGAUGUGGGGGAUUCAAGGGCUCGUGGUACGAGUAGCACUUCCACUCGAGGUGGCAAAGGUGGAUCAGACCGUUAUUCCAGUCGCAGUAGUAUGGCCCAAUAUGGUACCUCUGACUAUGGUGCUUCACGUGGUAAAUCUACUUACAAGAAGGAAAAUGAACCAAAUCCUUAUAUAAGUUCUGCCGUGGGUAUGGCUGGACAUAACGUAAACAGGCGACAACCACCUAUCAAUGAUGCUACCAUGGAUAAACAAUUCUCAUAUAAUGCAGUUGAAACAUCUGUAGUUGCACCGCCAUCUUCUGGCUUUCAAUCUGCCUGGUCAGGCAUGCCUGGUCAAGUAUCAAUGGCUGAUGUUGUUAAGAUGGGAAGACCACAGGGAAAAGUUAGCAGCACUUUCAAUACAUCUCAACAUGUUAAUAAUCAGCAUCACUUGGAAUCUCCUGCCGUGUGUGCACCUCGUGAUUUGCAUCCAUCACAAAAUUAUGCUGCCAAGGUCUUAGAAGGGAACCAAGACUCAGGGGCGUCUGGACAUUUACCUCCUAAUGAUGACUGGCCUCUAGAGGAGGACCCACCAGCUGCUAGUGUCUCCGCCGUUAUGGAACCCUCUGUAGAUUCUGAACAAUAUGGUGACCCGUAUGAUAGGACAAAUCAACAGUUCAGACCUCAAUCCGAUGAGGUUCGAUUUGAGGAGGAUGAUAUUGUUGAUAACGCAAAUUCAAGCUUUGCUCGGUCUAUGCCGGGAUCUAAUCAAAAUAUACAGGAAGAUAACUCUGGUAGUGCAUCUGGUUUCGAUAAUGACUUGUACCAAAACAUCAGCUCAUACCAAGUUCACCAUCAAGAAGUUGAAGACACCAGUGCAUCAGUAUCAACUGUGACCAACAAUUUUCAGACUCUGUCUUUGCCAGAGGAGGAUACUCCAUCUGAAGAAGAUGGUCCUGCUGUGAAAAUUCCUGAUCACCUUCAAGUUCAGUCUGCUGAAUGCUCUCAUUUGAGCUUUGGUAGUUUUGGGACUGGGGUGAAUGCUCCAUUUUCUGGAUCUUUUGGUUCAAGAGCUAUGGCAAGUAACGAGGAGGAGUCCGCUUUAUCUGCUGAUGAUCCAUCUACUGUGCACUCUGAAGCUAGAAAUCCUGAAUACUAUGAGGAUGAACAUCUCAGAACUGCAUCAGAUGUUCACACUUCUCACAGAAUGGGUGGUAGUUCCGGCAAUUUUGAUGCUCCAUCAGCUUCACAGCAGGAUAUGUUGAAACAGGAAGCUCCUGAAAUUGCACAAGCCAAUCAGUACUCUUUUCCCUCGUCCACUGCGAAUUACGGUUUUGAUAACAGCCAACAGUUGAAUUCCUAUGCCAAUUUACAAACAAGCUCUCAGAUGCAAGGCAUGCCUUCUUUGUCAGGUGUAAUGCCUUAUUCAAACUCUUUGCCCAACACACUCUUGGCGUCAAAUGUACAGCCCCCAAGGGAGGCUGAGUUUGCUUAUUCACCUUUCCCCAUUUCACAAUCUAUGGCAUCGAAGUAUGGCAACUCAGUUUCAUCUAAUGGUGGCCCAACUGCUUCAAUGGCUGAGGCACUGAAGGCAGGCAACUUCUCAGCUGCCCAGACAUCUCAGACAUUGCCUGGUGGCAACAGCAUCUCUGGUGGAGCUGCUCUUCCACAACAUUUGGCUAUGCAUCCAUAUUCCCAACCUUCGUUGCCCAUGGGCCACUUUACUGCUGCUAAUAUGAUGGGCUAUCCAUUGUUGCCUCAGAGCUACACGUACAUGCCUUCUGCAUUCCAUCAAGCAUUUGCUGCGGGUAAUAACGCAUAUCCUCAAUCCCUAGCAGCAGCAGCAGUGCCUCCCCAGUACAAAAACAGUGUUUCAGGUAACAGUUUACCUCAAGCUGCUGCUGUUGCCUCAGCAUAUGGAGCAUUUGGGAAUUCUAAUAGCAUUCCGAAUAACUUCCCGCUGAAUCCUCCAAGCGCUCCUGCAGGCACUUCUAUGAACUAUGAAGAUCUUUUAAGAACACAAUACAAAGACGCCAGUCAUCUUCUCUCUCUGCAGCAGGGUGCUGGUUCGAGGACACUGUCAGGGGUUCCAGGUAGCACAUAUUACAACAGCUUCGAGGGGCAAAACCAGCAGCCUUCUGGAUUCCGGCAAAACCAGCAGCCAUCACAGCACUAUGGACCUCUAUCCGGGUAUCCAAACUUUUACCAUUCAAGUGGGCUUUCUCUUGAUCACCAGCAGCAAAUGUCGAGGGAUGGUUCCCUUAGCGGUUCCCAGGGACAACCUCCUAAGCAAAAUCAACAGAUAUGGCAAAAUGGAUACUAAUCAUCAAAAAUCCAAUCCCUCGUGCCAUCCAGGUUUUUCAGGGUCUUUGUAGUAGUAGUACAUUUUAAGUCCAGAAGUUUGGCCAAAAUAUUAGGGGCUUAAAUCUGUACUGAAAAGACUGGACUCUCUACUGCCGUCCUGUGCCUGGAGGUUGUACUUUACCCUUUCCUCUCCUUUUUAUUAAUUUUCAGUUUGGCUAACAUAGGAACGAUGUCGAUGUGUGCUAAUCCAUGGUAGUCGACCUUCGUGUUCAAGCUCUUCUAGUUUUAUCAUCCAAUAGUGAAAAGUUUAUGCUUUC